AUGCAAGACAACUGCUUCAACACGAAGUCCACCUUCGACUUCGUCACCGACGAAACCUUCUCCUCUUCCCUCCUUAACCACCUCCUUCAAACCCUAUCCACCCUCAACCGCGGUGUCACUCGCAAGAACGCAUUCGAUUCCCUCAUCACGCGCCUCUGCAAGCUCCAGCACGUCGAUGACGCGCUCCACGUCAUCGAAUAUAUGGCACGUAUCGACGCCGGAGGCUGCCGCCCCAGUGCGACCACCUUCUACCCCGUCCUGAACAUCCUAAUGCGCCAGAAAGCCAUAGACCAUACGCGGUGCGUGGUGGAUUUCAUGUUCACGCUUAGCGUGAAUCUGGAUCUGACGGGACACAACUACUUCCUCGUUGCACACCGCUACACUGGAGACGUGGCUGCCGCUGCCGGAGUUUUGAAGAAGAUGGAGGAAGAUGGGAUUGGUGCGGAUGCGCGUACGUUCGACGCGCUUGUGUUGGGCGCGUGUAAGGUUAAAAAGGUGGAUGGUGCUAUGAUGCUAGUGAAAAGGAUGGUGGAUGAUGGAGUUCCUAUUAGGUGUUGGGAUAUUAGGUGCCGUUUUGAUUAUUAA